AUGUCCGUCUCGAGAGCAGACCCUAGCCUCCCUUCCUCUUCCUGGUUCUCAUACCUCGCGGCCGUGCCACCUCCACCGAGUCCGCGGGAGAUUAAGGACUUUGUCUUUGGCGGUCGCGAUUCCAAGGAGUCGCUUGACCCGUACAGGAGGGAGGUGCGGGAAGGGCAGGUGCAAUGGUGCCUGGCGGUGCUGCUGCUGGUGAUUGCCUCAGUGUUGCUCGUCGUAAUCCUCGUGGAGGAAUCUUCGGAGCAACCCACAGGAUCACAGAUGCUCAUAACGCACUAUCCCCUGCUUCCAAACUCAUCGGCCCCUGCAUUAGCUAAAUGGCUUCCCCUCAAUGCCUCUGCUCAGGUGAACACAUCAACCAGUAUGCUAUUGAAUGCUGAGAUCAAGGAACAUAACAAAAGUUCCGUGAAUAGCCUAGACAAUACAGCUGGCGCCUCAGACCGUGAGGCGCCAUAA